AUGAGUUCAUCAAAAAACAAAUUCACCUACGUCGUUGAUGAGUCUGAGUCCGACAAGAAACCAUCCUCGGGGCUAAGGCUAUUUGGUUUUCCAAUGACUGGCUGUGACGAUGUGCCCGCAACAGCACCGUGUGGUAUUGGAUAUAGGAAGAGAUCAUUUGAGUGCCAGUACUGUCACCGGGAAUUCUCCAACUCCCAAGCACUAGGUGGCCAUCAAAAUGCGCACAAGCGAGAACGGCAAUGGGCCAAGACGGCCCAGUUCCAAAACGACUAUCAUCAUCAUCAUCUUCAACGGUUUGUAGCAGCUGUCCCAAUGAUCAGUACUGCGAAUGUAGGGAGAUCAGGCUCGUUCGUUUAUUCAAGUGGGUCCCCAAGCAUCGGUAUUAAUACACCUGUUGGGCACCCACAUCAGCUUUCUGUUGCCGGCCCAGGUGAUCCGGCGCCCCCCAGAAAAGCCCCGUUAAUUGCCGAAGUGUAUGGAGGAGACGAUGUUGAUCUCCACUUGAGGCUGGCGCCCUCAAAGACCUUGUAA